CAGAGGAUUUUCACCAUCCUUAUGCGCCUUAUGAGAUCCAACUCCAGUUAAUGCGGGCCCUGUACACUUGUCUAGAGCAGGGCAAUGUUGCAGUUUUUGAGUCGCCUACUGGAACUGUAAGUACUAUUCAUCUCAUGUCAGCAUCAUGUAUUCGGCUCUGCUCUCAGGCACUCUUGAUGUCUAUUGCACAUUGCAUUCCCAAGGUAUCUGUAUCGAUGUGGAACAGUCCAAAGGGCCCCUCAUGUUGGUCUUAGCGCAUUGAAUUGCCACUGAAAGUCUUGUCCUAGGGGAAAUCGUUGAGUAUGAUAUGCGGUUCUUUGACGUGGUUACGAGAUCACAAGCGGUCCGCCUUCCAAGCGACCGUCAACGGUGCUACGUGUUGGGACUUCCAGCUCGAAAUUACCUCAAUUUCGUCUCUAAUAGUUCUCUAGGCGAUGAUGACGAACCCGAAUGGAUGCUCGACUUUGCAAAACGUGAGUCGAGACGCGUGAUAACCGAAAGGAUGAAAGAGCUUGAAGAGAGACUGGAAAAGACAAGGAAAGAAGAAGAGAAACUAAAAAUUGCAUCGGAAGGCUUUGAAGGACCGCGGAAAAGACAGAAGUUUAGUACCCCAUCAGCUUGUCGGGAUGAACAAAUGGAAGAUCAAUUUGCACUGGAAGACUAUGACAGCGAGAGAGAAGAGGAUACAUUUCCCCGAAAGGGACUCGACUCUUCUACUAGCGAUCUCUCCUCUCGUACACUAGAGCUACUGGAACGGUUUAAAGGACAAGUUCCAACUAUUAAGUCCGCAGGUGAAGAUCACAGAGAUGAGGAUGUCAAAAUUUUCUACUGCUCGAGGACGCACUCCCAGUUAACCCAAUUUGCCAGUGAGUUGCGGCGUGUUACCAUGCCGUCGAGUAUGCCCGAAGAAAUAAAUGUGAAUCCAACCAGGGAUCAGGAGUUGACUGAGCGUGUGAAACAUGUCACUCUUGGCUCUCGGAAGAAUUUGUGCAUCAAUCCACGAGUUAGUACGUUAGAGAAUGCGACGGCGAUUAAUGAACGCUGCUUGGAUCUACAACAAGCUGGAACGACUCCUCAGCAGAAAUGUCCUUUUCUGCCAUCGAAGGAAGAUGAGGUACAAGUCCUUCAAUUCCGUGAUCAUGCUUUAGCUACAGUAAAAGAUAUUGAAGAUAUGGGGAAACUCGGCAAGGAAAUCGGCAUUUGUCCUUACUAUGCCUCCCGUUCAGUGGUGAAACAUAGCGAGAUCGUAACGCUUCCAUAUCCCUUGCUGCUCCAACGCUCAGCCAGAGAGGCUCUUGAUAUCUCGAUCAAAGGGCAUAUUGUCAUAAUCGACGAAGCACAUAAUCUUAUGGAUGCAGUGUCUAAUAUUCAUUCGGUAACAGUGACACUCUCCCAACUGGAGACAUCCAUAGCUCAGUUGACCACCUAUGCCUGCAAGUUCAAGACUCGUCUGAAAGGCAAAAACCGAAGUUACAUUGCCCAGAUUAUACGGCUACUGAAUUCGAUUUUCCAACAUCUUCGGUCAAUCCUGGAGAACGAAAAAGCAUCUGAGGGUGCUGUCCUGCCUUCUUCUCUCAUGUCAGGAAAAGGAGUCGAUCAAAUCAAUCCCUACAAAUUAAGCCGCUACCUACAGGAGAGCAAAUUGGCGAGGAAAGUGGAUGGAUACGUUGACUUCUCUAAAAAUAAAACGGAAAGACAGACGAGUGAGGAUCGCACAACACCUGUACUAUUUCAUAUACAUGGGUUCCUCCUAGCGUUAAUGAAUCCCUCUGCUGAAGGGCGAUUGUUCUAUACAAAGAGCCAAAGUGAGAUUCACUUGAAGUAUAUGCUUCUUGACCCGACAAAUCAAUUCCGAGAGAUUGUCGAAGAUGCAAGGGCCGUCAUAUUAGCCGGUGGAACCAUGUCUCCUGUAAGAAUGACAGACUAUAUGAACCAUCUUUUCUCUUAUGUCCCAGCUGAUCGAUUGAGGACCUUCAGCUAUGGCCAUGUUAUUCCACCCGAGAACCUGAUCGCCCACACACUGGUCCGGGGUGUCCAAGGUUCAGAAUUCGACUUUACCUAUGAUGCUCGGGAUUCGGAGAAAACAAUACUUGAUCUUGGGCGGACAGUAGCGACAUUAUGCCAUGUUAUCCCAGAUGGCGUGGUUGCGUUUUUCCCCAGUUACGACUACCUCGACCGAGUCUUGAGCAUUUGGAAGAAACCGACACCGGGCGAGCAACGCCGAACCAUAUAUGAUUUGAUCGGGACGAAAAAAGCUAUGUUUGCUGAGUCCAGAGACAUGACGUUGACCACAGAGGAGUUGCUACAAACGUAUGCGAAUACCAUCGAUUCAGGUAAAGGUGCAUGCCUCUUGUCUGUGGUGGGUGGCAAGCUGUCGGAGGGCAUCAAUUUCUCGGACAAACUCGGAAGGGGUGUCCUCAUUGUCGGUCUGCCAUUCCCGAAUAUUCGAAGUGCGGUUUGGCGGGCUAAAAUCGAGCAUGUGGAGCAGAAGGCAUAUAGGCAGACCUUGGGCACCGAGGCAAACCGGCAGUCAACGGCAAAAGCCGCCGGUAGGGACUACUAUGAAAAUUCAUGCAUGCGAGCAGUAAAUCAGUGCAUUGGGAGGGCCAUCAGGCACCGGGAAGAUUAUGCAGCCAUUGUUUUGAUUGACAGGCGGUAUGAUAAACCUGCUGUACAAGCAAAGCUACCUGCCUGGAUUAAACAGAGCAUGGCGGGCAGUGAUAUUCGACGGCCUGCAGGCUCUGCGAUACAGAGCCUGUCCCAGUUCUUUAAGGGCAAGAGAGCUGGGUGAGCAUGGGAAUAAUGUAUCAUCGACGUGGCUGGUGGUCUAUACUUGAACUACUCGAUAACUGUAGAUGCCUCCGUACUGGUUAGA